ACAGGAAUUGAGCAAUUGUGCAUCUAUACCUCACUUUCCAGCUAUUUCACUGGUUUUUACCACUAUAAAGCUCCUGCUUUCUGCCUUCUUUUAUUUCAUUGAUCAUCAUACAACCUUACGGUAAAACCCUCCCCACCACAAUCUACACCUCCCCCCCCUUCUUUUUUGUUGCGUUCCGUGCCUUUAAAAAAUAACAACGAAACGACGACAGCGAUCCAGAAUAUGGCAGGUGGCAACAGCAGUAGCAUAAGCAACGAUAACAACAAGAACCAUUUCCGGACUUAUUCAAUCAACAGCAGUAGCAGUAGUAAUAGUACUGGCAACAGCAACAACCACCAUUACAGUAAUGACAAUGACAUCCGUAAAGAAGAAACAGCAGCAUUACUAGAAGCUGAGCCAGACAUUGUGUCGAUUGCAAUCAAUCACAGUGACGAUUCAGAUGAAUUCUCCAAAUCCUGUCGCAUUUGUGGCGAAGGAGAGGAAGAAGAAGACGACGGCGACGAAGAAAAUCAACUCGUAGGAAACUACUAUCACAACGAUCAACAACAAGAACAACAACGAUACCCAAACCAUCCAACCAUGUCAUCAACAACACAACAGCAACAACAGCAGAAAACAGCCAAACAAAAGACAACGAAAAGAAAUACAGAUAACCCAUUGAUACGACCUUGUAAAUGUAAGGGGAGCAUGAUGUACAUUCAUGUUGACUGCCUGAACCGGUGGCGUGAGUUAUCUCCCCGACAGGAAUCACAUGUUGCCUGCGACCUGUGCGGCUACCGGUACAACAUCUACCGGCCCAAGUUUGCCGCUAUCGUAUCGCAUCCUUACUUUUUACGUUCAAUCACGGUUCUGCUGAUCCUGCUGUUCACGAUCGGCAUGGCGUAUGUGUGCAAAGUGGUCCAUAUCUACUUACUAGGCGGCAGUGGUGUCGAUGGUGACCAUGGAGAUCCUGACGAUUGGCAUGGUCCAACGAUUCUGUGGCUAGACCGUGUCUAUCUGCUCGCUGGUCUGGUCAGUGUCUCCAUGCUGGGCAUCAUCUAUCUGGUGUAUUGCUGUGCAACAGCAUCAUCACCCAUGACCGGUGGUGACCCAUCAACAUCCCCAGCAGCAUGGCUGUGUUGCUGUUGUGGUGAUGGUCCGUGGUACGGGUGCUACGUGGCAGAUUUCAAAACGUGCAGUGGUGAUGCUGCUCUGGGAGGCAUCGUCGUCUUUGUUGCGUUUGUCAUUUUGGUCACCAUUGUAUUUGGUAUUUUGGGGGCAUUCAGUGGGAUCUAUGCAUUGAUGGAAACUGCUGUACAGAAUGUUGCUGGUCGAGUCAAGGAACGAAUACUCGAUGUAGUAGCACAAGAGUCGACGUGAAGAGGAAUAAAGCAGUUUUGGAAAAGAAAAAAAGAAUCAUCA